CUAGAUAACUAUGUAUGGGUUGGAGCAGAAUUUAUGACCAAACACAUUACAUACUCCUAUGAAGGUAGCAUUGUUGAUUAUAUGUCCGGAAUUGAUCUUUCUUGCAACCAGUUAAGUGGUCACAUACCUAAGGAGCUCAGUAAUCUUGCUCAAAUUCGUGCGUUGAACUUGUCACAUAACCACAUAACUGGAACAAUACUAUCAGCAUUCUCGAAACUCCUGAAUAUCGAGAGUUUGGACUUGUCAUACAACAACUUGACUGGGAGUAUUCCUACUCAACUUGUAGAAUUGACAACUCUAGCAGUGUUUAGUGUGGCACACAAUAAUUUAACAGGUAUGACUCCACAGCGUAUUGCACAGUUUGGAACUUUUAAUGAAAGCAGUUAUGAAGGAAAUCCUUUUCUUUGUGGUCCUCCACUGCUCAUCAGUUGCUCAGAGCCUAAAGAGAUACCGAAAUCACCUCUUGAACCAGAUUGUUGUGAAGACGAUACUGGUUUUCUAGAUAUAGAGUCAUUCUAUAUUUCAUUUCUUGUGGCAUUUGCAAAUGUGGUGCUCGUAACGGUUGUAGUCCUCUGGGUGAACCCCUACUGGAGAAAUGUUUGGUUUUAUUAUGUUGAGUAUUACAUGUAUUCUUGCUAUUACUUUUUUGCUUCCAAAAUGUAAACCUUACAUAUUAAGGCCACUUUCAAGUAAAUCAUACAAAUGAGUUCUGUUCCUUAUACCUUCUUGUUUCUUGAUACUAAGUAUCUGCUUUCAUUAACACAU